AGUUAUUUAAAAUUCUUUAAUAUUAAUGUGUAUUAUUUUAUUACAGGAAUUUUCACAACUGACAAAAGAACUGGCUGCGGCGCGAGAGAAUAUCCUGGAAAGAGAAGAGGAAAUUUCCGAAUUAAAAGCGGAACGAAAUAACACACGUCUCUUAUUGGAACAUCUAGAAUGUUUAGUAUCGCGACAUGAACGAUCGCUCAGGAUGACAGUUGUGAAACGUCAAGCUGCUGCGCAAUCUGGUGUAUCAUCUGAGGUAGAAGUCCUUAAAGCUUUGAAAAGUCUUUUCGAGCACCACAAAGCUUUGGACGAAAAGAACGCAAAAAAACUAUUGUAUGAGGAUUGUAUUGUACUGACAAACAAAAGAAAGAAGAAUUGAUAAAAUGGACCGAUUUUGAUCUUCGGAGCGACAAGUAAAAUCGGUAUGUUUUUUAUUGUUUUUGUGCAACUAAAUCUGAUUCUGACUUUAAAAAAUUUUUAAUUUGCUGAAAUAUAUUAAAAUCAUUGAUAUGAAGUUGUUAUACAUAUAAGAAUAAGCUAUUAUAAAAAGCUAUGAUGAACAUAUUAUGAUAUGUUAAUAAACAUAUAAGAUUAUAGUUGAAUGAACAAUAUUAAGUGAAGAUUAACUGAUAUAGAAACAACACAAAUUUAAUAAAUGAAGAAAGCCUUAUUUGGUCUUGAUGUUCUUAUCUUGAUGUUGAUAUUUAAAAAUAUUUUUUCUGUGAAUCUCUAUAGUUUUCAGUAAUAA